AUGAAUGAACAUAUAAAAGUUUUUCUUAGAAUUAAACCCAACGUUGAAAAUAUUAUAAAAUUGAUAAAUGAAGACUGUACAGUAUAUAAAGUACAAAAUAAUCAGUUACAUUUAUAUGAGAAAAAAAAAAGCUAUAAUGAUAUGAAUGAAUUGAAAACCAAGACAUUCAACUUCAAUCAUAUAUUUGAUAUACAUGUAAAACAAAAUGAGAUAUUUGAUGUCCUUGGAAAAAAUCUUAUAAACAAUUUUAUGAAUGGAUAUAAUAGUUCAAUAUUAGCAUAUGGUAAUACAAAUAGUGGUAAAACAUAUACUUUAUAUGGUGAUAGAAAUAUAGGAGAAGAAAAUCAGAAUUACGGAUUAAUAUACUAUUCCUUGAAAUAUCUUUUUGAUUUAAAAAAUAUAAAUAAAGACACUGAAAUAUCCAUAUCGGUUGUUGAAAUAUAUCUAGAAAAAAUAAGAGACCUAGGGAAAUUAUUUCAAUUAUAUCACAUAUCAACAACUACUAAUGAUACUAUAACUUAUUAUUCUCAAUUUCAUGAUAAUAUAAUAAGAGAGGAUGAAAAAGGAAAUACCUUUGUAGAGAAUAUAACACUCUUACCAAUAAAAAAUAUUGAAGAUGUCAAAGAAAUAAUCGACUUAUGCUUCAAAUAUAGAAAAACUUAUUCUACAAAAAAAAAUCGUGUGUCCUCUAGAUCUCAUUGUUUGUUGACAGUUUAUCAGCAUAAAAAUAUUAAAGAAAAAGAAUUAAUUUCACAGAUCAAUUUUAUCGAUUUAGCUGGAUCUGAAAAAUUUAACGAUAUUGAAAUGAUAAAUAAAAAAGAGUUGAUUAAUAUAAAUAAUACAUUAUCAAUUCUUAAUAGGGUCAUUAUGGCAUUAAGUACUAAAAAUAAAAUUACGAAAAAUAUGGAAAAUAAAAUAUGUGGAAAUGAAAAAGUAAAAAUGAAUAUGAAUAAUAUUCCAAAUAUACAUAUACCUUACAGAGACUCUAAAUUGACAAGGUUACUCAAGAAUAGCUUGAAUGGAAACUCGUUCAACUACAUUUUGAUAUGCCUCAAUUUGAAUACAUACAAAAUAGAUGACUUUAUUAAUAGCUUGAUAUUUGCAAAAAGAUGUAAAAUGAUAAAACAGAAAAUAAAAAAAAAUAAAAAUAAGAAAUAUUCUUCUAAUUCAGAAACUGAAAAGAGUAAUAACACAUCUGAAGAAAGUUCCUACGAAAGUUAUGAUUCUACUUGUGAUUUAUAUCAUAAUAUUAAUAACAAAAAUAAAAAUAAUCACGAUAAUAAUCCUUUUCAUAAUAAUUUAUAUUAUUAUAAAGGGAAAAAAAUAAAAAUGAAAAAUAUCAAUAAUCAUACUGAUAUUAUGAUUAAUAAACUGUUGAAUUAUUUUACAUUACUUAUCAGAAAAAAAUAUAAUGAUUUGAUAAAACAAAAAAAUUCUAUUUUCAACAAUUUAAUUAAAAUUAUAAAGAUUGAAGAACAAAAUAAAGAUCAAUUAAAAAAACAUAAAAAUUAUCUUUUGAAUAUAUUAAAAAGGAAAAAAAAACAACUAAAAUAUAAUAAGGAAUAUUUAAAUAAUAUACUACAUUCAAAAAAGCAUACCUUACAGAAUGAUCAAAAUAAAGAUACAAACAAAAUUGUAACUGAUCUAUCAAUUUCACCUUUUGAAGAAAAUGAAAAUUUAAAAGAAAAGAGUCAUUCAAAUUUUUUAAAAUUUUCAUAUGAUAAUACGGAACAACUUAAUAACAAAAUGAAUACACAAACAAAUAAUGUAACCACUGAUGUAGUUAAUGAAAAAAAAUCUAAUGAUAAUAUAUAUAAUGAUAAUAAUAAAGAAGAUAAUCAUCAUCACAAUAUAAACAAUGAUAAUUUUAUUUAUAAUAAUUCUCAAAUGAACAAAUCACAAAAUAUUCAUCCUACAUUUAAUAGUAAUACAACAAAAAUAGUUGAUAAUAAACAUAUCAAAAAUAAAGAACCUAAUAAAAAUGAUAUUUUAUAUGAACAAGAAAAUAUUUCUAAUUCAUCUAUAUAUAUAAAUUCAUCAAAAAAAGAAGAUCAUAUAAAAAGGAUUUAUUCAGAUAUUCAUACAUUAUAUCAAUUAGAAUUAAAAGAAUUAAAUAAAAAAAAAAUAUAUAUUGAAGAAAUAAAUUCUAUGAAUAGUAACUUAUUUAAUUUAAUGAACAAAUUUGCAAAUAUGCUCAGAAAUAUUUAUCUUAAUAAAUAUAGUGUGGUCAUAAAAAAUGGAAACAAAAAAUUAAAUCUAUCUAAUUAUUAUUAUACAAAUAUAAAUCAAACAUAUAAAAUAAAUGAUUUUUAUAAAAAGGGAGAAAAUAUAUUAAAUACUAAUCAUAAUUUCAAAAAUAUAAAUGAAGAUAUAUUCUAUAUAUAUCAAAAAAUAAAUCAGUAA